CUCCGCCAAUCAGAGCUCCGGUUGUUCAGGCCGUCGUCGAUGGCUCGCGGAGUCUGUGGAAGCGAGAAGAGGGUAGAGUGACCGGGAGAGGAGAGGCCGGCACAGCAAGCCACCUUAGCUCACCGGGGAAUACCCUGAGGAUCGAAUGAGCACCCAGCAGUUUCCAAGGCCUGGUGUACCAGCAUCAGGCCUGGGAGCAGGCCAGCCUUCCAUCACCAGUAUGCAGAACAGCAGCGGUCCAGGGGCACCGGGCAACAAUACCGUAACAGCUGCCAGUGAGGAGAUGAAUCGGGAUGUGGAACACUUGCCCCGUGAGCAUUCUAACCCUAUAUCUUCACUGCCGUUUCGAGAUGAGAAGCAGGAGACUGUGGUGGUUAGGCCUUACCCACAGGUGCAGACCCAUGCACAGCCGCUGCCAGCAGCCCAGCACCAUAUGCAGCAGCCUGGUGUGCCUGUAACCCUAGGUGCUCCUCCCACACACUUAGCACAGACCACUCAGCUUUCCUUCCCGGAAGGACUCAUGAAGACAACACUGAAGCCGCCCUUGCCCAGUCGGCCCAUUGCUCCGGCUCCGUCAUCUGGCCUAGGACACUUGACUGUUCCUCCGAAAGUUUCAGGACAUGUAACUGUUAGCAUGGACACUGGUGUACCACAGGCCUCUGCAAUCCCCGUAGCUACAAUCAGUGGGCAGCAGGGGCAUCCUAACAUCCCACAUAUAAUGGGCGCCAAUGUGCAAAUGUCAAUCAUCCGAAACUCAGUUCCAGCUUCGCUCCAUAUUGGACCAUCCACAGCACAGACGCAGAUGUUCUCAUCCCAUGUGCCUAGAGGUGCAGCAGUCGCAGCAGCAAUAUCAAGUUCCAAAGUAACUACAGUCCUACGUCCUGCUCCAGCACCACUACCAACAGCUGGGAAUCCUCAGACUGCUGUGCAGCACUCUCUGCACCUACCUAUACAGUCUCGCCCUCCUUCAACCACCUCUACAGCAAUCCCUCCAGCAGUGGUAGCCACAGUAUCUGCAACACGAGCACAGUCUCCUGUCAUUACAACAGCAGCAGCUCAUGGGACAGAAGUAGCACACAGUAGACCAGCACUGACCAUCCAACCUCACCCAUCCGCUGCUACAAUUAGCAUCCAGCGCACUCAGCAACCCAGGGAUACAACAGCUCGAAUCACAUUACCUUCCCACCCUGCAGUGGCUGCCCAGAAACCACAGCUCCACAUAACACAGAAAACAAUGUUCAGUACCGGGACACCAGUUGCUGCUGCUACUGUGGCACCCAUACUCUCCACAAAUUCAAUCCCCUCUACCACAGGUCAGGGUGCAGUUUCCCAUGCUCAAGUGACGAGCAGUACAAUCGUUAAUAUGACGAUGGCUUCUCACACACCACAUGCUCCUGUAGUCACCACUUCUACUAUUCCCGUCGCAAAAGUUGUUCCUCAACCAAUAACCCACACUUCCCCACGGAUCCAGCCUGACUAUACAACAGAAAGGGGGAACUUGAUCUCCAUACCUGGUCAUAGGGCCUCACCUAACCCUGUUACCAUGGAAACACGAACUGAGAACAGGCAAGUACCUGUGCAGUUCCAGUAUUAUCUGCCAGCUUACCCACCAUCAGCUGCCAUCCCUGGCUACCCAACACUGGCACACACCUUUACCCCAAUAACUAGCACUGUGUCCACUAUACGGCAAUACCCAGUUUCAGCACAAGCACCGAGCUCUGUAUCUGCAGCAGCGAUCGCAGCUCAAGCAGGUGUGGGUGUGGCCUCCACUGUCCAUUUGAACCCUAUGCAACUGAUGACUGUGGACACCACGCAUGCACGUCACAUUCAGGGGCUCCAGCCUGCAUCGAUCAGUGCCCAGGGGCUACAGCCUACUUCAAUUGGCCCCCAAGGCAUUCAGCCAGCUCCACUUGGGGCACAGGGGAUUCAGUCAACAUCUAUUGGCACCCAAGCUAUGCAACCUGCAACACUCGGCCCUCAACAGACUACAGAGAACAAACCAGCAGUGGUGUUAACAGAUGGGGCCACCAUUGUAGCCAAUCCCAUUAGCACAUUUAGUGCAACGCCUGCUGUCACCACUGUGAUCCAGACCCACACUCAGAGCAACAGUACGACUGCUCCAGCACAGGGAUCUUCGCCACGACCCAGCAUCCUACGCAAGAAGCCAGCCUCAGAUGGUAUGGCUGUCCGGAAAAGCCUCAUUCCUCCACAGCCAACAGAGGCUACAAGCCCUCGCUUAGAUGGCACAAUGCGGAAUGCAUCAGGAUCCCCACGACCAGUUGGUGCCAAAUCAAAACCAGAGAUCCACGUUUCCAUGACCGCACCAGUGGCUGUUGCAAUGGAAGCGGUCAGCAAUCAGAACGUGGAGCAAAUGCCUGGGCCUGGCCAGCCAAAUUCUCAGCAGCCUCAGCCACCAAUCCCAACCCUCAUUGCAGCAGCAGCAGCCCCUCAUCCUCAACCUACUGCCUUGUCCACUGUUACAGCGGCUGUGUCUGCCACUCCUCCAAGUUCAGUCUCCAUGGCUACAGUGGUAGCUCCUCCAUCGCAGCCAGUCGCCAUUUCUGUUCCUGUCUCCAUGAGCUCAGCAUUACCAGAGGUUAAAAUCAAGCAAGAGAGCGAACUAGUGGACACACUGCAACCUGUAUCAGUUACUGUAUCAUCGUCACAGUCCAUGUCAGUGACAUCAACUGCUCUAACUCCAAUGGUGAACAACCUCGGCCUUCCUGGUAACGAGCUGCCGCCUGGUGCUUCCCCCCGGAAGAAACCCCGCAAACAGCAGCACAUCAUCUCCACAGAAGAGACUGAAAUGAUGGAAACAAACAGCACGGAUGAGGAAAAGAACAGCAGCAGCAAGCCGGUACUCCUUAAACCAGAAAAAAGGAAAUCGCCUCCAAAAGAAUACAUAGAUGAAGAGGGUGUGAGGUAUGUUCCUGUCCGCCCUCGACCCCCAGUCACGUUACUUCGACAUUACAGGAACCCCUGGAAAGCAGCUUACCAUCAUUUUCAAAGAUAUAGUGAUGUGAAAGUCAAAGAGGAGAAAAAGCCCACACUGCAGGAGAUAGCCAAUCAGAAAGGAAUUGUCUGCAAGGCCCAAGGUUGGAAAGUGCACCUCUGUGCUGCACAACUCAUGCAGCUGACUAGUUUGGAACAUGAUGUUUACAGUCGAUUGGCUUCGUUGCAAGAGGGUCUGAUUCCAAAGAAGAAAGCGGCUGCAGAUGAUGACAUGCAUCGAAUCAACGAGCUGAUUCAGGGGAACAUGCAACGCUGCAAACUGGUUAUUGACCAGAUCACUGAGGCCAAAGACACAAUGAUGAAGGUUCUGGAUCAUAAAGAUAGAGUUCUAAAGCUCCUCAACAAAAAUGGCACAGUCAAAAAGGUGUCCAAAUUAAAGAGGAAAGAGAAGUCCUAAAACCUCAUAUCCUCAUAUUGGAUAGUAACUGUGUUUUAAAGCCACUGUAUAGAUGUUUAGUUUGGUAUCUGAAUAAAGCAGAGGUUUGCAGAUGAUGGAUGGGUUCCACCGAACACAAACACUGCUGCGGUGUGUCUGGGGAUUGCAGCAAAACAAGCACUCAUCUUCUCAAUAGCGCUUCCAUUGUUAAUCAGACAGCGUAUAGUUGAUUUGUAAAUUUUGCCCCCCACCUCCUUUUAAAAUUGCGAGAACCUAUAAAAAGGUUUUGAUUUUCAUCCAACCCAAUUUAGAUGAUUUUAUGGUUACACAGGUUGUCCUCUGAGCUGAAACACCAGGGCUUCCUCCUCCUACAUUUUUGAUGGGUGAUAACUAUUCUGAAACAACAGAUUCACAUUGGCCAGCAGUUUUUCUGUUAAUUUUGUAUCUUUGAGCAGUGCAUUUUAUACUUAUCCAUUUAUUUUAAUAAAUGACAGCUCAUCACUUCUGUUGAUUUACAGGGCAGAGAGCAUGCAUAUUCUCUAGAUGCUCAUCGUGAUUAACAGCCCCAGUCAGCUGCUGGAAUUAGUGGGAUGGCUAUAGAUUAGGUGGGAAUAAUGGUUCCAGUUCAAUGCCCGCAGCUCGUGACCAUGCAGUGCAAAGUAGGUGUAAGAGGAAGAGGUCCCCAAUCAGAGUUUGUUUGUCCUCUACAGCAUGUGUUCUCUUCUACAGGUAGAUGAGGUAGGUCUUAUUUGAUGGAUUUAAUGGCCAUCCUUGGUGCUUGCAGGACAUGACUCAUGGUCCUAAAAGUCUGUCCCAGUUAGUGGUCUGCAAUGACAACUGGGAGUGACUCGAACUACUUGAAUAUUUUCUCAAUGAGAAAAAGAAAAUCCCUAUAAUUUUCAUUUUUUAAUUUAGAGGGAAAAAAUGGAGGUGUUUGCAAAUCAAGCCCAUCUGCUGGUGGGCUCUGUGUAUCUUGAGUUUGAUGUGGCUCUCAAAAGGAUGUGGAACAGAAUUUUAAAUCUGUUACAAAGAAUAGCUUUAUGCUUUCGGUUCACAGUGUGCAGAGGAAGUCUGUUCUCUGCAUCCUUUGCUCCCCCACUGGGGUGAGUAGAACUGAGUGGUGAAUCGUUACAGUGCAGUUCUUGUUUUUCUCAUACCAGGUUGCUAUGUUGGUGAAGUACAGAAUCUAACCAUGUGAUGGUCCUUCUAUCUGAACUUUUAAAAAGUGAAAUAACUAGGUUUUUUUAAAAACAAAAAAUGAAAGCCUCCACGUUUCUUGGUAGACUUGGCAGCAUUUCUUCCCCCCUCCCACACACCGGUCACCUCUUAACCUACAUAUAAUAUGUUUGGUGUUUGGACCUGUAGUAUUUGUAACUGAGAUGGUUCAGUAUGUAAAGCCUGGGCUGCUCCUGUUGUGUGGUGAUCUUGUGUGAAAUGUUUGUAGUUUGUGUUGCAGUUUCUUGUACAUAUACACUUGGAGAUCAUUAAUAAACAGUACAAGCUUUUAUACCAA